AGGCUAACAACGAACCCAUAUGCAUCAAGGGAGGUGGUGGCGAUCUAAUUGAUGGUGGUGAUUUUGGUUAUGAUUCCCUCCCACAGAUACUGGAGCUCUCUAUUCCUCCUGAUGAAGACGACGUGUGGAACAGGUCAACUGUGGGGUCUCGCCCUACCCUGAUUUCCCCAGAGAAGAUACGCCUCCCCAAGACUAAACUUGGUUUCUGGGCUGGGUCUGCCAACUCAGAUGUUGGGAAGUAUUUCAAGUGGCAUUCUCCUCCGGUCAAGUAUGACGAGUUUCACAUGGUUAUGCAUGAGCUAUGGAAGCGCCGCCACAUCAUUAGUCCAAUAGAAGCAGAGAAGUGA